GCCACGACAGAGGAGGAAGGACCUGCAGAAGAGACACAUGCUGUAAACUGACAGACUGGAUACAGUUUUCUUGUGAGGAGCUUACAUAAACAACAGCUUCAGUGAUGGAGACACCAUCUGUGCUGGUCUCUGCAGCAGUUUUGGCGCUGCUGCUCAUUCCGCUAUGGAGCACAGACGCUGCCACCUUUCAAGGCGCUUUCCCACACCCAAACAAAUACAGCCCAAACGACUCGGAAAGAUGCCAACAACCCGCCAUCACUGGACUAAUAUCCCGCGGGUCUGGACCUGUAACCUCCACAGACGAAGUGCUGGAGUCCAGUCAGGAGGCGCUGCACGUCACGGAGCGCCGCUACCUGCGGCUGGACUGGUGCAAGACGCAGCCGCUCAAGCAGACCAUCCAGGAGGAGGGCUGCCUGAGCCGCACCAUCAUCAACCGCUUCUGCUACGGACAGUGCAACUCCUUCUACAUCCCGAGGCAUAACUACCAGGACGGAGACGCGUUUCAGUCCUGCUCUGCCUGCAAACCCAAAACCUUCAGCACCGUCACCUACACCCUGUUCUGCCCUGGUCAGACACCCAACACCAGGAAGAAACGGGUCCAGCGCGUAAAGCAGUGCCGCUGCACGACAAUAGACACGGAUUAGAUGCGCAUCUAGAUCAGUAAUAUCCACUUCCACUGGAGGAAAGUGCAGCUUUGCAAAAAUAAGAAAAGGAAAGUGUAUUUUGCUUAAAGGACACGUGAGAAUAAGGUGGGAACAGAAAGUUGGGGAACCUACCUGAGCCUUUUUUAGCAUUCUAAUGGAAAGAAGAUGCUCAUAUAAUAUAUAGGGUUUGACGAUAUGGAGAAAAUAUCGCGGUAUUUUUGACCCAAUACCUCGAUAUUGAUAUUGCAAUGAUAUUGUAGGGUUGACUAUUUGGGCUUUUAGAAGAUAUUUACAGUGAGAUUUUUGAUAAAUAAUCAUCAGUAAUGUGGAUAUAAUGACUAAGUGGGUAAAGGCAAAUAACAGAACAGCUAGAGCAGUCUGGUAAGCUCAGAAAAUGACGUCACUUUACUGUAAUACAGCCUUUAAAAGCAGGAAAAGACACUUAAGAUAUUAACAUAUCCAAAUUCUAAGAGGAUAUCUAGACUCUUGUUAUUUAUCAGUCAUUCAGUCAAGUUUGUUUGAGGUGUAAACAGAUUUGGAGGAUGUGUUGUCAGAUAGUUUUAGAUGCGGUGAUGAUACCAAAGUUAAGGGUUUAGUUAAGUGAACUGAUGACCCAAAACAUAAGAGUGUUUAAGAUUAACGAAGGCUGGUUUGUAACAUUUUACCACGUCAUAUAUUUGUUGCAGACACGCAGGCUAAUGGAUGUGCAGCACUUGUGUAUAAGGACACAUCUUCAAAGGCCUGGGAGGAUUGUAUUGUUUCCACUGUGUGGAAUAUAAAGCUGAUCAUGAUAUAGAGAUUUUUUUUACAACCUGCACUGCUGAAUGCCACUUCAUUUUAUGACUGUGUAUAAUAUGUGUAUCAUGUAUUGUGAAGUUG